AUGACUGGAACAUAUUGUGCGUACGGAUUAGAUAGGAAACUUUCUGAUCUGUGGAGAUUCUCUACAAAAUCAGUCUCCUCUCACAUAAAAUUUGCGCAGUACUUGUACGCGCUCAUACACCUCACCAAAAAAAACCCAUCUCUAAUGUCAAUUCUUCCGUUGGAUGAUCUACUCACCCUAGCCUUAUACCACUUGCGCUCUUUGAUUGUGAAGAAAUAUUCUGAUGGUUUUGAUGUGAUUCGCCCUUUUCGUACGGUGUAUCUCGAAUCAAUUUGUCAAACAUACUCAUCCCUAACUCAAUCCCACUGCAACUCCAUUGAUAGCGAUCAGUUCAUGGAAUUGGAUAAUGAUGAACUUGUAGCCAGGAUAAAUCAAAAUGAAAAGUUGAUCAAAUCUGCCAGAUUAUUCUCUGGAUUUUGCCGACAAAAGCAAUAUUCGCUGGUCAAAUGUAGGCAGAAGAAGCCCUUCAUGAACCCUCUUUACGAUGGUAUUAACAAGAAUAUUGAUAAUUUGAAGUAUGAAAAUGAGAGGAUAAUGCUAUUCAUCGGCAAAUUUCCCAAGCCUAACGUUAAGCAUAGAUCUGAGAGAAAAUUAAGCAUUAGUAAUUGUUCCAUUGAUACAAAUAACUUGAUGAAGAUGGAGAUGCUGAAGAUCAGUAGAGAGAUUAAAAAUCUAGCUAUUAGGACGAAAUUCAUGUGUGAUUACAAGAUCGAUGUGUAUAACAAUCUAUCAACUGCACUGAUUAAUGUACAACAUCUUUCUAAACACAAAAUUGAAAGGUAUAUUUCCAGAAAACAACGUUCCAAUUUUGUAGCACGUGUGAAUGACAUUAAAAACAAUAAUAUUACUGAUUACAAAGACUCAAUACAUACACUGCAACAAAAUUUUGUGAUUGAUCAGGAAUUUGUAAUUUUAAGUGAGGUAAUAGAUCAUCAUGAUGAAAAGAUUGUGGAAGUUAAUAAGUCCCAAACUACAGAGGAUGUAAGCGAUGUAAUGGUUACCAGUGAUAGGUCAUAUCACGUCUCCAACAGUUUCUAUGCGAAAUCCGAACAAUCAUUCAAACACGAUUAUGUCAAUGACUUGUUCCGAUUCAAUACUGAAGAAUUAGAAGACAGCGAUAUUGAUAACAGAAAAAGUGACAGCUUCAAAUGCAUCCACUAUUACCAUUUGAGUAGUGGACAAUUGGUUUUAGACAAUGAAUUUUUGAAUUGCAAUGACCAUGCCCAAUGCAAAAAUUUGUCUACCAAUACCAAGACUUGUAGGCGCCAUUAUAUUGAUAAAUUCGUUUCUAAAAAGCAGGAUUGUCCCAUUGUAGAUAUUGUUGAGAAAGAGCGUGAAUCCACCACUAUAAUGAAUGAACCUAUUAUACAAAGUGAUGCGGAUAGUGUAGAAGAUUGUGAAGAAAUAUCUACAAAGUCCGACAGCCAAGACACUGUGGCUGAUCAUACAUUCCGUAUUAAGACGGUUGAAGAUCUGAUAGAACCAGUAGACACUAGUGAAAGCGACGAUAACUCGGGUUAUGUAAUUGUCGAUAGGGAUUCUGGCAAGAAUAUUGAAUGUUUGAUUGGGGAUAUGUACAGGAGAAGCUGUAAUGUGGAUAAUGUAGAUGUAGUUCAAGGAGAAACUAUAGCUCUUAAACAUGUUGAUGUCGACCUAGUCUAUAAAGAAGUAGGAAAACUGAGUGUAGAUGACAUAAAAAGUUCAAGCACUUGUGCCAUAAACUAUGGAAUUGUUGACUGUGACAAUUGCCUAUCAGAUGAACGAUUAAAUGGUACUAAGUCCAGAUGCUACGAAUUUGCCAGAAAAUUCAAAAUUUGUAGGUGGAAGUACAACAAUCGUACAUAA